UCCUUUUUUACAGACAACUCCUCACGACCUCACAAUCGAUGCUGAGAAGACUGAUGAUGGUUCCGUGAAUAUAAAAGUUAGCGCUAAAACUCCAUUUAAGGGUAUCCUGAUUACCAGUACAGCUGCGGGUCAGUUCAAGGUUCCUGACGGUCAACCUCUCAAAAUUAUGUCAUGUACAGGAAUAACACACACUGAUAACGAACCCAAAUCAGAGAUUAGUGCAACAUUUGUUAAGACUGACCCUUCUGCAGAGGCUGAAUUUAACAUGAUUGUUAUGCGAGAUUUCGAAACAUAUUGGAACGAUAUCAAGUUCAGCUGAUUCAAGAUCAGUUAAUUCAAAAACAGCUGAUUCAAGUUCUACUGCUUGAAAACAGCUAAUCGGAGGAUUUAAAAAUAUCAAGCUCAAGAGUAAAACGAAUUACAUAUUUCAUUAUGUUUUUUUUCUUUUAAAAAUAAAAGCCUUUUUAUAUACAACUGCUAUGUCCGAAUAUAAAAUGGCAAUAAUAAACAACAAAGAAUUGUAA